UCUCCGCGUCCUCUUCCCAUCCCCACUCAGUCCACCACCACAACCCGCAAAUCCCUCGCACUUCCUCGCUGGCGUGAACCCCAUCAUCCAUGCCAUGCUCUCCUUCCUCGAAUCCCCCCUUCUUCCCCCCCAAUCUCUAUCCACUCCUCUAUAUAAUCCCCAUCCCUUCAAUCCCCUCAUCGAUCUCUCGCACCAACCAUCAGCAUCAAUAGCAGCAUCAAUUCUAGCUAGCAUCUAAAGCGUCUAAUUGAUACAAAUGGAGAAGAGAUUGAAUGAGGAAUUUGAGGAUUACCUGCCAGCGAUGGCGGAGAAGCUUGGAGGAGAUGGAUUGAUGGAAGAGCUAUGCAAUGGGUUCCGGCUGCUGAUGGAUCCGGAUCGAGAGGUGAUCACGUUCGAGAGCUUGAAGAAGAGCGCGGGGUUGAUGGGAUUGGGAGGUUUGGGAGAUGAUGAGCUGAUGGGGAUGAUGAGAGAAGGGGAUCUGGAUGGUGAUGGAGCUCUCAAUCAGACUGAGUUUUGUGUUCUUAUGUUUAGAUUGAGCCCUGAACUCAUGGCUGAAUCUUGGCGUUGUCUUGAUGAUGCCCUUGCUUCUUCUGAUUUCUCUUUCUGAUUUUUACAUAUU